UUCCUGUUCUAUUUAAAGCGUUUGUCCCCGGAACGACCUCACCGGGGGCAGGAGGGUCUGGUUGUGCUUUAUGGGAGUGAUUCUGCCACGUCUGACUGUCGGAGGAAUCAAACCCGUGGGAUCGGAAGAUGGACCCCAAUUCUCCAUAGAGAGGGCUGAACAGGAAAUAAAGAUGGAAUACCCGUAUCAUAUUGGCUUUUUGGACCCUGCCACGUAUCAGCAUUUCAAUCCCGAUGAGCCACAAUAUCCAUAUCCAUACAACCAGCCCAGUGAUACCUCUUUACCUGGCAACGUUUUACCAAACCUGGAAACCUGUCCGGCGUCAGUAAGACGUCAAUCUAUUGGCUUUGAAGAAACAGCCGCUCAAUUUUGCCACGUGGCUCCACCGCAAGUGUCUUAUGGAUUUCAAACAAGCAACUGGUUUGAGGAACAGCAGUCGUGGUUUCCUCAGCCACCACCUCAACCUUUCGCUGACGGACCUUUGGAUGGAGCGACAACGGAGCCAUUCGUUUCUCAACAAGGCAGCUGGGGCAUCCGGAUAGGCUUUGAAAAUUUUGAGGAAUCGGGUCUUAAUGACCCCACUAUUCAUUACCACGCCAUUAAUUCUUACGCUCACAAUGAUCCAUCCGUCUGUUCAGCGGCGGCUCCAAAAGGUCUAAGGAGAAGUUACACCAUCCAUGAAGAAGCCAGGUCAUCCGGCUUUUCGACAGAUACUAGGUUACCCGAUAGUAAGCUGACAAGAAGUCGGUCUGUUUCUGGACGCGGAUAUUACCCCAGCCCACCGGUGUCCCCGGCAGAUCUCCCUGAGACCGGCUGGCGUGUUCAGUUACUGGAAACUCCACCGAACUGCGACACGAGUCUCGCGGCUUUUUGUAACGCAGUGAAAAGUGUAAGAAGCAGAUAUUCUGCGUCGGACGGAGAGUCGAAUCCGGGGAUAAUUUGGAGCGUGGCCUUCAGGUUCAUGGGGGACGUCGACGAGGAAUCGGAGAUGGAAAUCACAGUCUUUGGAGAUCGUCUUCAGCAUCCCCUACGAUUCACCCAGAAAGAUAACGAUAUUGUGGAAGACGUCAUAGAGAAAAUAUUAACCAGUAUAAACCAGUUCCCUCCACCCCACGAUAUGCCCCCUCACAUACCCAGCCUGUACCCCCCAUUGCCAGCCCAAGCCUCAUACACACACAGUCAUUAUCCCCAACCACAGGACCCCUACGUCCCACAUCAGCCCCACCAAGUCCCCCAGAACCUGUACCCCUCAUUACAGUCACUGGAGAUGCCAACUCCAAACCAAUACCCUCCGUCAGACCCUCACUAUCCACCCACCCCAGCUUCGCUGCCCCCACUACACCCCCCGCACUCACACUCACCUCUGGAUCCUACGUUGCUAAACCAGCUCCAGUUGGACCCCCCGGGCAAAAAAUCCCUGAUGAGCAUCUGUGGCCUGGAUGAAUAUUUACAAAUGGAAUACAGUUUAAGGAGCCACAAAAACCUCCAGAGACUGAGCUCAGUGCAGCUCCGAUUCCACCACGGCCCUCCGGCCCCCGCGCAGCCUCCCUGCCUCGCACGCACACCUGAGGAUGAUGAGGCAGAGUUAAACCCGAGCAAAUUUGGGGAACAUGCGCAAUACUGGACAGAAAUCCGAAAAAGACUUUUUGGCUCCGUGGCUCGUUACACAGAACAAGCCCAAUAUUUCCUGCGCAGCCAGGUUCAUGUCCAAGUUCUGCUGGAGGCCGUGAAGGAGAUUUGUUUCUUGCUUCGUUCUGUGGAGACCAAGGAGGUGAAGAAUGCGCGGAGGUCCCUGACCCACCUGAUCGCGCAGAAAUGUCCUGACUCGAGGAGCCUUCCAGCAGAUCCCGGCGUAGAGGCCGCGGUGAUAAAUCUCUCCAACGCCGUCUCCGAUCUCAUCGACAUGUACGGCCGGAGCUUCCAGAUGGAUUUCCGCGUGGCCCCUGGCAGGACCCCCGGUCUCCACGCUGACGGUCGCCCCGCGGACCCCAAUCUAACGUUCAAUCUCUACGCGGUUCACAACCUCCCCAAGAAUUGGGUGGAAAGCGAUAACGUCUAUUUCGUUUCGUGUUCGGUCGUUUACGCCGGAAGGAAGAUAUGUCAGGAGGUCACGACACGGAGGCAGACGGCUGCGCGGGAUUCAUUCUCCGCUGUGCUAUGGGAUGAGCGAAUCUGCUUCCCCGUCGUGCUCUCUUCUCUUCCGUACGAGUCGGCGCUGGUCCUGAGGCUGAUGGGGGUGAAGGAAUCGCCUGCCGCCGUCUCGCUGCUCGCAUGGAGCUGUCUCCCCCUCUAUUGCAGCCAGAGGAUGGUACACGGGAACAUGCUGCUAAACAUGGUGUCUCACGUGGAGCCCCCGCCGGUUAUCACUCCCGGGGCCUUUGAUGUCACUUUGCCGACACUCUUAACCGCGCAGGUUGAUUUCAUGGAUAAUAAUGGCGUAUUUCAGAAACCUCCUCCAGAAGCUCCUCCGCAGAGCGGGCGAAUCCCCUUUCCGGAAGCUUCCGGGGAUCUGGAGAAACUCAUUCACAGGAAUUCCGUUUUAUUCCUUUCAGAAGCUGAGAAGCGGAGUCUGUGGCGCCAUCGGUCCUGCAGCGAUAAACCGGAGAAGAUUCUGCCGCUGUUGCUGGGCAGCGCGCCGGGCUGGGACCCCCAAACCGUGUCCGCCAUUUACCGGGUCCUGCAGGACUGGGAAUUCUCUGACCCGACAGAAGCUCUGGGACUUUUAAAUUCAUGCUUCCCCGACCAGCAGAUCCGGAACGUGGCGUGUCAGCAGAUCGGGAAACUCUCCAACGACGAGCUCCUGGAAUACCUGCCGCAGCUCGUCCAGGCUGUGAAGUCCGAGUGGCGCCCGGAGAACCCGUUGGUCGAUCUCCUCCUGAAUCGCGCGUUACAAAGUAUCCAGGUCGCUCAUCGUCUUUACUGGCUGCUGACAGACGCUGCCAAUGAGUCCCGUUACCGGAGUCUGUACCGGAGAGUUCUGGCCGCGCUGCGGUUCUGCGUCGGGAAAGCAAUGAACGAGGAAUUCGUGAAACAAGAAAAGCUGAUGGAAAUUCUUCAAAAUAUCUCGGAAAAAGUCAAGGCCGCUCAAGACACCAAACGGCAGGAGAUCCUCCAAUCAAACCUCAGUGACCUGGAACAGUUUUUCCGAGCCGUGCGAGUUCUCCGCCUUCCGCAGGACCCGGCGCUGGUCGUUCGAGGCAUCGACCGCAGCAAAUGUUCCUACUUUAAAUCAAACGCGGUUCCGCUGAAGAUCUCCUUUGUCAACGCCGACCCGCUGGGAGAAAACAUUGACGUUAUAUUCAAGAGCGGAGACGACCUUCGUCAGGAUAUGCUGGUCCUGCAGUUAAUCGAAGUGAUGGACAGGCUCUGGCUGCAGGAAGGCUUGGACCUGCGCAUGGUCACCUAUAAGUGCUUAUCCACGGGCAAGAAGCAAGGACUGCUUCAGAUGGUUCCCAACUCCAUGACUCUCGCCAAAAUCCACAAGCAGUUUGGCAUUUUAAGCCCCCUUAAGGAAGGGACGUUACACAAGUGGUUUGCGGAGAAGCCCACGGACAGCUCGGGGAAGGCGUCGGAGAACUUUCUGUAUUCAUGCGCAGGUUGGUGCGUCGCCACCUUCCUCCUGGGGGUCUGCGACAGACACAAUGACAACAUCAUGGUGACCGACGCCGGGCACAUGUUCCACAUCGACUUCGGGAAGUUCUUGGGUCAUGCGCAGAAGUUUGGGAGCAUAAAGAGGGAUCGAGCGCCUUUCAUUUUCACUCCGGAAAUGGAAUAUUUUAUCACGGACGGCGGCCGCGACCCCCCCCGCUCCCGGGAGUUCGUGGAUCUGUGCUGCUGCGCGUUCGCCAUCCUCAGAAAACACAGCGCUUUACUCAUCAACCUCCUGGAGCUGAUGCUUCAGGCCGGGUUACCGGAACUCCGCGACCUGCAGGACCUGAGCUACGUGCAGAAUAACCUGCGACCGCAGGACUCCGACCUCGAGGCGACCCGCUACUUCACCAAGAAGAUAAAGGAGAGUUUGGAGUGUUUGCCGGUCCAGUUAAACUACAUUAUCCACAACUUUGCAAACUCCUCGGUCUCCGAUACGGCGGCUCAGAUCAAACGCUCCAUCCUGAAGCCCAAAAAGUUCCUGAAAGGGGCAAUAAAGCCAAGAAAACUGCGAGCGAAGAGUGAUGGAUUUCUGAUCACAGCUGACAACAAAGCUCACCCUCUGAAAUAUGGAAGAUCUCUUCAAGCUUUUGAUUCGAGACCCGGGGUGCAGCUGCGACUUUCGUUCAAGGAGCCGGAGUUAUCGAUUCUCGUCCAGCAUCUGAGGAAUAUCAAUUUACCCGCAGCCAGUAUGGAGAUUUCGCUCGUGUCCGAUCUGCACGCAACCCAAGUGAAAAAAGUGAACUCCUUUUCCAGAUCCUCGGCUCUCUUCUUCAAUGAAAUAGUAAAAUUUUUUGUGGAUCAGAAUCGGCGAUACGUCCUAACGCUGCUGGUGAGGAGCAGAGAGGCGAUUGUAGCCGCAGCCAACAUCCCGCUGGAUGCCGUCCCAUUCAACGAAGACACCUGGUGCCCUUUAUCCCUCCAGAGCUGUAUACAGUAA